UUAAUUAAUCAGAAACUUGGGCUUGAAAAUGCAUACAUAGGGGAAGGUGGAACUGGGGGAGAACAACAUCUGUCAGAUAAGUUCAACACGAAUAAAGCAGUAUGGGUAGAGGAAAAAAAAAGAAAAAAGAAAAAAGAAAAAAGAAAAAACGGUGAAAGUUACAUGAACAUAUUGAUCUAUUACUCUGAUUAUUUCCACGUAGCGGGUGAUGUCAUCAUGAGAAAAUGACCAAAUGAACGGUGGAUAUGCAAGAUGGCUUAUAAAAAAUAAACAGUGAGUGCGAGAAGGCGUAUAUAUAAGUGUUGGUAAUGGUUGCAUAGGAGGCAGCAAGUGAUAAAGAGAAAGAAAGAAAGAAAGAAAGAACAGUGGAGAGAAAAAGAUUCGAUUUUCAGAAGUUGUGGUGUGUGAAAAUGGUUCAACAGGAAAUUCGUAAAGGUCCAUGGACAGAACAAGAAGACUUCAAAUUGGUGUCGUUUGUUGGGUUGUUCGGAGACCGUAGAUGGGACUUUAUUGCUAAGGUAUCAGGUUUGAAUAGAACAGGUAAAAGUUGCAGAUUACGCUGGGUUAAUUACCUUCAUCCUGGUCUCAAACGUGGAAAGAUGACACCCCAGGAAGAAAGACUCGUGCUUGAGCUUCACUCAAAAUGGGGAAAUAGGUGGUCAAGAAUCGCUCGGAAGUUACCAGGGCGCACUGAUAAUGAGAUAAAGAACUACUGGAGGACCCUGAUGAGGAAAAAGGCGCAGGAGAAAAAAAGAGGAGAAGCUGCAUCAUCAUCAACAGCAACACCUUCUUCUUCUUCCAGUGUUCAUUCCUCAAUAUCAGUAUCCUCAAAGAAGCAUGAAGUGGAUCCACACGCUUCCAAAAAAGCAGGAGAAGAGAGCUUUUAUGACACAGGAGGAGCUUCAACCCAAGAUGAAGGUGAAGGUGAGUUCUCGAUGGAUGAUAUAUGGAAAGAUAUUGACAUGUCAGAAGAGAACAACAGUUUUGUUCAUGGGGAGAGUGAACAGGUGGUUUCUCCAUCUGCAUCAUCGUGGGAGUAUUGUUGUUGUGAUCCUCUGUGGGUGAUGAUGGAUGAGGAAAGUUUGUUUAUGAGUGAACCAUAUUUUUAUGCAUUAAGCGGCUGAUGAUAGUAUGAUAUUCUAUUCUUUUUCUUCCAACCAAUAUUUUGUUGAUAGCAUAUGUGUGGCAGUGGCAUGCACCUAAAGUCUAACCUGUAUAGCAUUGUUGCGUCUUUAAGCUUUUGGAAGGUGGUAGUAGUGAGUGUGACCCAGCUGUAAUAAUUUUCAGAUUAGCCAUAACUGUAGUUUAUAUAUCUCAAUGUUGGUUUCAGUGCUUUUACUUUCUAAAAUCAUCCAAUAGGAUACCGAGUUGGUACCUUCUCAUUGUAAAAUAUCAAACACUUGUUUGCAUCUCAAUUUCAGUUUUAAUUUCAGUCUCA